CCUUUUAACAGGCGAACCAGCUUUAGCUUUACCAACAAAGCAUAUCCGCUAUUUUUUAAAAUAAUGAACCGUCAUAAAGUGGGAACGUUUCAGGCCCAGGCAAGAAGCAAAGGAGCUACUUCAGGAUUUAAUAAAAUACCGACUACACGAGUACCCCAAGACUUUAUAGAUGCUAUGAAACGCAUAUCGGGAGGACAACCAGACAUGGCUGCUAACACUCAAGCAGCACAGAAAGCUUCAUCCUCAGUUGACAAAUGGAAGUCUUCGUUCAAACCAAUUGGUGAUGAAUAUGAAGACUCUCAGGACAAAAGCAGCACAGAAAAGACUGGGCUUUAUGACCCUUACAACCCUUUGUCGUCAGACUCUGAACCUGAGAUGCCACCGGACCAAGACCACAAACUCUCCCCACCCACUGAGGAUAACAGUGUGGAGCGUCAGUGUUUAACCUCAGCGAGAGACUGUCCUGACGGCCGACACUGGGGCUCCACCUAUUCCAAACCAGGAAGCGGACCCCUAGACAGAGGAGAAUUUGGCACUGGAACCAGACCUAUAGAAAUUCCAGGUCUCAGUCCAGGAAUUAGAAAGCAUGAACAACAGAUUUAUAGCCCAGAAGCUGAAUCACUUAAUUGUUCAAGCUUUGGCUCCUUGAGUGAAGUAUUGGGCCAGAGAGGUGGCACCCCUGACAGGCGUAUUCACAGCUCCUCCACCCAACAGUUUCCUGUGCCUUAUGGAGAGAGAACCAAUGGGGAGGAGACGAUAACAGUACCAGGAUAUAAGAUGGAGACUAUUAGAUUAUCCCCACCGAGGUCACAGGACUAUCAGCAUCAGGUGGGCUAUAUGAAAAAAGGACGGGACCAAGACCUACCUUCUACAAAGGUGACAAGGAACACGCGCCAAACUGUGACUUUGGAAAAAACGCCCAUCACUUGUGACCUUUGUGAGGUUGAGCUUGCCAAUGGGCAGGAGCUGCAGGAUCAUUUGGACAGCAAAUGUCACUGGGACACCCUGGAGCACAUUCAGCAGAAUAAUAAAUACGAUGACGUAAUGAUAGCGUUCCUUCAGGAAGUGAUGCUGUAUAAGAGCCAUUAUUGUAGCCAAGCGGUAGAGGACAACGCUCUUCAAACUCUACAGGAAAAUAACCACAUGAGAAAGGUGGAAAUGUUUCAUUGUGCUGCUUGCAAAGUUUACAUAUCCACAUCUGUUGCUGAAGUGCAGGCUCACAUCACCUCUGAGGAACACCUCUCUCGCACGAAGGAGUUUGAAGUGCAUAGGAGACAUGCAUGCCUCAGCAAAGCAGAAGCCAUGAUGAAGGAGCUAAAACCACAGUUUGAACACUUCCUGAAGGGUGGCAGCCCAUUUGAAUAACAGAACUUACAUGAUGUUGUCAUGAGACUGUUAACACUGAGAUGCUGCGGAUGAAGAGCAGUCGACUUUAGUCUUCAUUACCACACAAAACUGCUGUCCCAGUAAUCGUGUCUAAUGCUGACAGACAUGCUGUUGUGGGCCUGUGAACACAAUGCAGCUUUUCUUUGUUUAUAUACGGAUUCCCAUUUCUCAUCUGCCUUGCGUUGCGCUGACUACAGCUGCUCCCAGACGAUCUCCAUCUGGGUGCUUGUAGAAGGUUAAACUUGCAGUUUUGUUAACACCAAUUCUUUGUACCGUCCACAUCAAAAUAUGCUACAUUAAAAAACAAAACAAAACUUGAAUGCAU